UUGACGUCCACGGAUCUCUGGACGCGUCACGUCGCUCUCCGGUUCUCUCGCCUCGGCACCGACAGGCUCCCCGGGUUGACGGCAACUUCACGCUCCAACUUUCCCCCGCGACCCGUAGUCUCCGCGUGCCGGCGUCUGCUUUCAAACGUUUCCUUUUUGCAUCGAAACAGUUCGCUCCAGUUCUCCGGUGAACCGUCGCGUCCGCGGGUUGGUGUUGUGGGGUCUCUGUGUGUGUGCGCGCGUGUGGGGUCUCGGUGUGUCUGCGCGUGUGUGGUCUCGGUGCGUGUGUGUGUGUUGGGGGGGGUGUCGGUGUGUGUGUGUGUGUGGGGGGUGUCGGUGUGUGUGUUGGGUCUCGCGGUAUCUCUUCCUCGCACCACCUGUUGGCUAGCGCGUCGGGUUCCUUCCCGCUCUGGACCCACCGGACCUCCUCAUGAGCGCCCCCCCGGUGAUCCGCGCGCCCAGCCCGCUGCCGCUGCUCCGGAGCGCGAGCAACCCCGGCGGCGGCGGGGUCGCCUUCCACAUCCAGAUCGGUCUGAGCCGCGAGCCGGUGCUGCUGGACCCGGGGGACCUGAGCCUGGGCCAGGUCCGGGAGAUGGCCUGCUCCAUAGUGGACCAGAAGUUACCUGAGUGUGGUUUCUAUGGGAUGUACGAGAAGAUCCUUCUGUUCCGUCAUGACCAGACGUCGGAGAACGUUCUCCAGAUCCUGAGGUCAGCGGCGGAGAUCCAGGAGGGGGAUCUGGUGGAGGUGGUUCUGUCAGGCUCUGCGACGGUGGAGGACUUCCAGAUCCGGCCCCACGCUCUGUUCGUCCACUCGUACCGCGCGCCGGCCUUCUGCGACCACUGCGGGGAGAUGCUGUGGGGGCUGGUGCGGCAGGGCCUCAAGUGUGAAGGCUGUGGGCUGAACUACCAUAAGCGCUGUGCCUUCAAGAUCCCCAACAACUGCAGCGGCCUCAGGAGGAGGCGGCUCUCCAACGUCUCUCUGACAGGGGGCGGGGCCAACCUGUUUGCAGGGACACGCCCCCCUUCAGCUGAGCCCUCCCCCACCAACUGUUACCCGGAUGAUGCGCUACUGUCUCCAGUCAGCCCGGGUCUGGAGGUAGGCCAGUCCUCUCCCAAACAUCCCGCCACUUUGUUCACGGAGGAGAAAAAAGACUCCAACUUCCUAUUCCCUGUGACCUCCCAUCAGAAGGGCCAAUCGGAUUACUUCCCCAGCCGCGAGCGCCGCUCCAGCUCCCAGUCGUACGUGGGCCGGCCCAUCGAGCUAGACAAGCUGCUCAUGUCAAAGGUCAAAGUGCCCCACAGCUUCCUGAUCCACUCCUACACCCGGCCCACCGUGUGCCAGCACUGCAAGAAGCUGCUGAAGGGGCUCUUCAGACAGGGCCAGCAGUGUAAAGAUUGUAAAUUCAACUGCCACAAGAGAUGUGCCCCAAAAGUACCCCACAACUGCCUCGGAGAGGUGACCAGGAACGGAGAGCUUCUCAGCCCGGGGGCGGAGUCAGACGUUGUCAUGGAGGCGGGUUGCCUUGACGACCAGGAUGGGGAGCGCGGGGGGAGCCCAUUGGACGACAUGGAGGAUGCAAUGACCUCAGAGGGGGCGGGGCUCCAGCUAGGGGUGGGGCCUGGUGACCUCUGCGACCUCCAGGACCCUGACCUGGAGGACUCCAAUAGAGCCAUCAGUCCGUCCACCAGUAACAACAUUCCUCUGAUGCGCGUCGUCCAAUCAGUGAAGCACACCAAGAGGAAGAGCAGCAAUGUGGUGAAGGAGGGGUGGAUGGUCCACUACACCAGCAAGGAUACCAUGAGGAAGAGGCACUACUGGCGCCUGGACACUAAAUGCAUCACGUUGUUCCAGAACGAUACAGGCAGUAAAUACUACAAGGAGAUCCCUCUGUCUGAGAUCCUGUCCCUGCAGCCCGCCCAGACGCUCUGCCUGCUGCAGGACGGCUCCAACCCCCACUGCUUCGAGAUCGUCACCGCGGCGUUGGUGUACUACGUGGGGGAGACCGGCCCGCGCAGCGACGGGGCCGGGGGCGCCGUCCUCGUAACGGGAGGAGGCGGGGAGGUCUCCAGGAUGUGGGAGAUGGCCAUCCAGCACGGCCUCAUGCCCGCCAUCUCUAAAGGAGUCUCCCAGGGCCACAAGGAAGUUUCUGUCAGCAUAUCCGUAUCCAACCAUCAAGUUCAGGAGAAUGUGGACAUCAGCUCUGUGUACCAGAUCUUCCCAGAUGAGGUUCUGGGCUCCGGGCAGUUUGGGAUCGUGUACGGAGGGAAACACAGGAAGUCCGGUCGAGAUGUGGCCAUCAAGAUCAUCGAUAAACUGCGAUUCCCGACCAAACAGGAGAGCCAGCUCAGGAACGAGGUCGCCAUUCUACAGAACCUGCACCACGCGGGCGUGGUGGACCUGGACUGUAUGUUCGAGACCCCGGAGCGGGUGUUCGUGGUGAUGGAGAAGCUCCACGGAGACAUGCUGGAGAUGAUCCUGUCCAGCGAGAAGGGCCGCCUGCCAGAGAGGCUCACCAAGUUCCUCAUCACGCAGAUCCUGGUUGCGCUGCGUCAUCUCCACUUUAAGAACAUCGUCCACUGUGACCUGAAGCCAGAGAAUGUUCUGCUGGCCUCUUCAGACUGCUUCCCUCAGGUGAAGCUGUGUGACUUCGGCUUCGCCCGUAUCAUAGGUGAGCGUUCGUUCCGGCGGUCGGUGGUCGGGACCCCCGCCUACCUGGCCCCCGAGGUGCUGCGCAACAAGGGCUACAACCGCUCCCUGGACAUGUGGUCCGUGGGGGUCAUCAUCUACGUCAGUCUCAGCGGCACGUUUCCAUUUAACGAAGACGAGGACAUCCACGACCAGAUCCACAACGCGGCCUUCAUGUACCCCCCACACCCCUGGAAGAAGGUCUCGCAGGAGGCCAUCGACCUCAUCACCAACCUUCUCCAGGUGAAGAUGAGGAAGAGGUUCAGCGUGGACAAGACCAUCAGCCACCCCUGGCUCCAGGACUACCAGAUGUGGUCCGACCUGCGGGGGCUGGAGGGGCGGGUCAACGACCGCUACAUCACCCACGAGAGUGACGACCCGCACUGGGCCGGCCACGCCCCCUACCCGCCCUGCGGUCCCCACGGCAACCUGCUCCAGGGGGGGGGGCGCUACGCCGAGGAGGAGGAGGGGCUCGGCACGCUGAGCGAGAGGGUCAGCGAGCUGUGACCACGCCCACCGCCUCAACCCCCCCCCCCCCCCCCCCCUCCUCAGGGGGGGGGGGUCCGGCCUGCCCCACCAGGAAGUCCGUCAUCGUCCAGGAUCACAGUGAAGGUGUUUGUGUGUGUGUGUGUGUGUGUGUGUGUGUGUGUGUGUGUGUGUGUGUGUGUGUUUGUGUGUGU